GGGAAUCUCUCGGGACAUAAAUCAGUGCGUGCCGGCUCCGUUAGUAUUCCGCGCAGAUCGAGGCGGAGGAGCGGCCGGAGCGCGCUCCCUGCUCCUCUCCUCCCUCCUCGCCCUGCUCCCAUCUGCCCGCUGCACGCGGCUUCAACGGGGAAGGAGGCUCCCAUGCCUGCUCGGAUUUAGCCUCGGCUGCCGCAGCGGCGCUACCAUGGAGAAAACGGCGGCUGCGGCGUCAGCUUCAUCCUCAUCUCCAUCAUCAUCGUCGUCGUCGUCGUCAGCAGCAGCAGCAGCGUCGUCGUCGUCGUCGAUGGCAGCAGCCACGACGGCCGCUGCGGUGGCAGCGGCGGCGGAGGCGAAGGCUCCGCAGGCGAACCUGGAGGAGGAGCUCAAGUGCCCGGUGUGCGGGGCGCUGUACCGCGAGCCCGUGAUCCUCCCGUGCGCGCACAGCGCCUGCCUGCCCUGCGCUCGCACCAUCCUCCAGCCGCGCAGCCCCGAGCUCGCCGAGGGCGGCCCGGGCGCGCACGGGGCAGCGGGGGGAGCGGCGGCCGCGGCGGCUGCCAAGAGCGAUGGCUCGGACUGCGGGGACUACGUGGACCUGGACAAGCUGAGUCUGUACAGCGAGACUGACAGCGGCUACGGCUCGUUUGUGAGCAACCCUGCCACGCCGUGCGGGCAGAAACCCCCCAGCAACGGCGUGCGCGUUUUCCCCCCGGGCAGCCCGCGCAGCGCGGGGGGCAGCCUCACCUGCCCGCAGUGCCACCGCUCGCUGGUGUUGGGUGACAGGGGGCUGGCGGGAUGCCCCCGCAACGCCAUCCUCGAGGCGGUGGUGGAGCGAUACCGGAGGCAGGCGCGGGGUGCCGCGCCGCUCCUGCCCCCCGGGGUUGGCGCGGCUGGCACCGUGUGCCAGCUGUGCGAGGAGGGCAGCGCGCCCGCCGAGGCCACGGUCCAGUGCGAGCAGUGCGGGAUGUUCUACUGCGACGCGUGCCGGGCGCGGUGCCACCCGGCGCGGGGUCCGCUCGCCACGCACCGCCUCGUCGCCGUGGAGCGCGGUGCAGGCGCAGCUCCGGACAACUCCGGCAGCGCCCAGCAGCAGCAGCAGGUGGAGCAGUGGGCGCCCCGCAGGGCCACGUGCGUGGAGCACGAGACGGAGACGCCGUGCUCCUUCUGCGUGGCGUGCGGAGUGGCUGCGUGCCGCUUGUGCCUGGGGGAUGGCGGCAGGCACUCCCAGCACGACACCCGCGCCAUCGCGGGCACCUGCAAGCAGCAUAAGACGCAGAUGUCAGCCGCGCUCACCAGCCUCUCCAGCAAGGCCAAGGAGGCUAAAGAGCUCCUGGUGCAGCUCAAGAGUCUGAGCCACAAGAUCCAGGAGAGCGGCGUGGAGCUGGAGGCGAGUCUCGUGGCGCAGUGCGACGCCCUCGUGGAGGAGCUGAACCGGCGCAAGGCGCAGCUCCUCACCAAAGUGAGCGCCGAGAGGGAGCACAAGCUGAAGGUGGCGCGCGACCAGAUGAGUCACUGCAGCGUGAAGCUGCGGCAGACCACGGGGCUCAUGCAGUUCUGCCUCGAGGUGAUGAAGGAGAACGACCCCGCGGGCUUCGUGCAGGUGUCCGAGGCGCUGACCCGGCGGAUAGUGCAGAACAGCGAGCAGUGGAGCAGCAGCGCCCUGACCCCACGUGUGGCGGGCAGCCUGGAGCUGGUGCUGGACAGCGAACCCCUCCUGCAGGCCAUCCACCAGCUGGACUUCACCGACAAGCAAGUUGUGUCCCCAGUGCCCGCGGCGCCCAUCCUGCAGCUGGAGGAGUGCCGCCUCGCGGGCUGCGUGGCCACGCUGGCGUGGAGGCCCCAGCCGCUCUCUCCCGUGCCGCUCGACGGCUACGUCCUGGAGCUCGACGACGGCAGCGGCGGCGACUUCAGGGAGAUCUACGUGGGGCGGGAGACGAUGUGCACCGUGGACGGCCUCUACUACAGCAGCGCGUACAAGGCGCGCGUCAAGGGGUUCAACAAGGCCGGCGUGAGCCCAUACAGCAAGACGGUGCUGCUGCACACCUCGGACGUGGCGUGGUUUCCCUUCGACGGGAAGAGCGCGCACGCCGACAUGGUGCUGUCCAACGACGGGCUGACGGCCACGUGCGGCACGUCGGACGACCGCGUGGUGCUGGGCGCGGCCGGGUUCACGCGCGGGGCGCACUACUGGGAGUUCACGCUCGACCGCUACGACGGGCGGCCCGACCCGGCCUUCGGCGUGGCCCGCGCCGAGGUGGCGCGCGAGGCCAUGCUGGGCCGCGACGAUCGCGCCUGGGCCAUGUACGUGGACAACAACCGCAGCUGGUUCAUCCACAACAACUCGCACACCGGCAGGGCGGAGGGCGGCAUCGGGAAGGGCUCCACCGUGGGCGUGCUGCUCGACCUCAACAAGCGCACGCUCACGUUCUUCAUCAACGAGGAGCAGCAGGGAUCGGUCGCCUUCGAGGGCCUCGAGGGGACCUUCUACCCGGCGCUCAGCCUCAACCGCAACGUGCAGGUCACGCUGCACUCUGGGCUGGAGGUGCCGGAGUUUGUGAGCGAGGAGCGGCCAGGUGGUUCCUAGCGGGAUCACAAGGGGCCGCCAGGGUCUCCGGGGAUCUCCGGGGAUCUUCGGGGAUCUUCAGAGUCACCGGAGGUCGUCGGGGUCACCGGGGGGUCACGGAACCUCAUGCUUCAUCAGCUUUGAUUUGAAUGUAAUUAUCAUUGCGCUGUGCUGCGUUAAUUUCUGCUGCAGUUCCUUUGCCGCGAUUUCAAGAGUCAACCUUGUUCAAAUCCUUGUUUUACCGCGCGCGAGAGAGAAACCUCCACCUAACCCCCACACCCCCCUGACGUCAUUGCCCCCCCCGCCCCCCCCCCCCAAGUCUGACUGUCACUGCGACCUCCGUCAUCGUGACCUUCAUCAUCCUGAUCACAAAACUGCAGUGACCCUUGCGAUUAGGUGUAGCGUGGCUAGCGUGGGCCCUGGUGCAAGGAAGGAUAGGGGACCACCACUUUGUCAGUCCAAACCCCCCCAGCCCCUUCGGCCCGUGGGCCCCGGUGCAGUUGUACCGACUGCACACGCUCGAUAGCUGCACCGCUGAGGUGCAGCGAUUCCCCGGUAAGGCAGCAGCGUCUUGGCUGUUGUUUCAGCCUUCUUUGGUGCUGGGGUGCACUGUGAGAGCACACCUGCUCUUGGGGUGCACUUUGAGAAGGCACAUCACCCUGACCUCCCCCCACUGCCACCCCCGCUCCCCGCCCCAACAGAUGCCGUGGGUGAACCCAUCCCUUCCUCCCUCCUCCCCUCCGCCUCGCCUGCCAGGGAAACGCUUUCACUUAAUCGCGUGACAGGCGCCUGGAUUAGAGGCGCAGGCGAGGGAGGCUGCUGAUUGACGGGCAGAUAAGUGCAGCGCUUGCAGAGAAACGCGGCCGCGCAGAUAGGGACGGUUGUGCAAAUAGGGCAGCUGUGGAAAGUAAAGGCAGCUGUGCAGGCAGGGGCAGCGGUGCAAAUGGGACAGCUGAGACAGGUAGGAGCACCUGUGCAGAUGUGAGCUGGGUGGUAAACGGGGGGUGAAAAAUGCGGUGACGCGUAAAUGUGGGAACGGGGGUGAUGGGGUAACGGUGCGAGGUGGUGACGGGAUGGUGACGUGGCACAGGGCUCUGUGGAGUUCGGGAGUGCGAGUUCGAGGCCGGGUCCCCGUCCCUGUCGCGUGAACCGGGGAGAUCAAACGGCGCAGAUUCCCUGCCUUAACGAUCUGCAACGUCCGGCAGACGGUUGUCCAACCCAAUUUGUUUACCUUGCCUGCCUCUGCUGAUAACCCCCCCCACACACACACACACAAAGGGCGAAACCUGUCCAGAGUUUGCGUCUUUAAGCAAUUGCUGCGGAGCAAUACUAGUCUGAGAAGUCAUGAGAGCGACUGACAAGAAUAUAUAUUAUUUUUUACGUGCUGACAACAAAACGGAAGAUGCCAUUUAUCACGAAGUGGCGUUUCCCAAGCCGCGUGUGUCUGCGUGUCGUGUGCGCUCCAACAGGACAUUCAUGGGGAAAUGCGUGCACCUGAAAAUUUACAGAGAAGCUCACUCCCUUUCAUCCCUCUCUCCACGUUGGUGCGUGCUCUCGCUCGGCGUGGCAGAGUGACAGCUGGCACGGGUGGGCACCUGCCACUCGCGGCCACCUUGCACCAUAAUAGCCCGGUGGCCACACCUCCCAUUUGUUCUCGCGGUGCUGGGGUCGUGCUGGUCCAUCGAGGUCCCACGAGCUAGAAACGGCCGUCUCAUAGUUUAUAAGAAGUGCUCUUGCCCAGCAAUAUUUGUUGGAACAAGCCUGACCCUGUUGAAGAGACCCACAGAAGGUCAAAACUGGUCCGGAUUUGUCUUCAUUAAACAAAUGCUGCUUGAUAUUGGUCUGUAAAUCAAACAGGUUGAUGGUUUAAAACACAUUUAUUCACAUGUGGGGAGACAGAAGGGAAUUCUGAUUAUGUUUGCUCCAACCCUUGGGGGAGCUGCGAAAUUGGCAAGAUGGAAAUUGCCGAUAGCGGAGCAGGCCUUUCGGGGCUCAGAAACAAAACAAGACGAAACCAAAAACAGGAACGGGCGUUUAUUACCAUUUACGGAUGGGCAUGGGGUUUGUGUUUGGAGCUAACUGGCCAAUCAAAUGCUAGCCCUACCCAACUAGUCACUAGUACCAGCCCUCUCUCACUGACCUCUAACCAACUAGUCACUAGUACCAGCCCUCUUUCACUGACCUCUAAUCAACUAGUCACUAGUACCAGCCCUCUCUCACUGACCUCUAAUCAACUAGUCACUAGUACCAGCCCUCUCACUGACCCCUAACCGACUAGUCACUAGUACCAGCCCUCUCUCACUGACCUCUAAUCAACUAGUCACUAGUACCAGCCCUCUCUCACUGACCUCUAAUCAACUAGUCACUAGCACCAGCCCUCUCUCACUGACCCCUAAUCAACUAGUCACUAGUACCAGCCCUCUCUCACUGACCCCUAAUCAACUAGUCACUAGUACCAGCCCUCUCUCACUGACCCCUAAUCAACUAGUCACUAGUACCAGCCCUCUCUCACUGACCUCUAAUCAACUAGUCACUAGUACCAGCCCUCUCUCACUGACCUCUAAUCAACUAGUCACUAGCACCAGCCCUCUCUCACUGACCUCUAAUCAACUAGUCACUAGUACCAGCCCUCUCUCACUGACCUCUAACCAACUAGUCACUAGCACCAGCCCUCUCUCACUGACCUCUAACCGACUAGUCACUAGUACCAGCCCUCUCUCACUGACCCCUAAUCAACUAGUCACUAGUACCAGCCCUCUCUUACUGACCUCUAAUCAACUAGUCACUAGUACCAGCCCUCUCUCACUGACCCCUAACCAACUAGUCACUAGUACCAGCCCUCUCUCACUGACCUCUAAUCAACUAGUCACUAGUACCAGCCCUCUCUUACUGACCUCUAAUCAACUAGUCACUAGUACCAGCCCUCUCUCACUGACCUCUAAUCAACUAGUCACUAGUACCAGCCCUCUCUCACUGACCUCUAAUCAACUAGUCACUAGUACCAGCCCUCUCUUACUGACCUCUAAUCAACUAGUCACUAGUACCAGCCCUCUCACUGACCCCUAACCGACUAGUCACUAGUACCAGCCCUCUCUCACUGACCCCUAACCGACUAGUCACUAGUACCAGCCCUCUCUCACUGACCCCUAACCGACUAGUCACUAGUACCAGCCCUCUCUCACUGACCUCUAACCGACUAGUCACUAGUACCAGCCCUCUCUCACUGACCCCUAAUCAACUAGUCACUAGUACCAGCCCUCUCUUACUGACCUCUAAUCAACUAGUCACUAGUACCAGCCCUCUCUCACUGACCCCUAACCAACUAGUCACUAGUACCAGCCCUCUCUCACUGACCUCUAAUCAACUAGUCACUAGUACCAGCCCUCUCUCACUGACCCCUAACCGACUAGUCACUAGUACCAGCCCUCUCUCACUGACCUCUAACCGACUAGUCACUAGUACCAGCCCUCUCUCACUGACCCCUAAUCAACUAGUCACUAGUACCAGCCCUCUCUCACUGACCUCUAAUCAACUAGUCACUAGUACCAGCCCUCUCUCACUGACCUCUAAUCAACUAGUCACUAGUACCAGCCCUCUCUCACUGACCUCUAAUCAACUAGUCACUAGUACCAGCCCUCUCUCACUGACCUCUAAUCAAAUAGUCACUAGAACCAGCCCUCUCUCACUGCUCACUGACCUCUAACCAACCAGCCACUAGUUCCAGCCCUCUCACUGACCAUAACCCUGCAACUAAACCCACCUCCUCGUCGGGGGGCCCGCUUCUGUUCCGUUUUUUUGUUCAUUUUGUGAAACCAUUUGCGAUCUCAGUGACCCGAGAGUAAUGAGGUGGGGGAGGUUAGAGUGAGGACCCUGGGAAUGGGGAGACACAGAGGGGGUGGGGCGGGGGGGACAUCGAAGGAGCAAGACGGGAGGACCCGCGCAGAGUUCUUGUAAUGCCGUUAUUUGAGAGAAUAGCUUUUCAGAUAUAUACGCGCACACAUCUAUUUUGUCUAUCUCCAUGUGUUCCAUGUGCAGUGUGCGUGCCGGCUCGCGAAACCCUCGCGAGCCUCCCCGAGCCUCCGCGUUUAGAGUGUGUCCCGUUCGUCGGUCAUAGCCCAGUCGCUGUGCGCGUAGUUCCGGAGGCCGCGUCGCCCACAGGUGAGGCGACGCGUGAGGCAUAGCGAGGCAGGUGAGGCGACGGGCGGCAGAGACGAGCGUGAACCAAGUCGACCUUGUUCCUCGUGGGAGCAGCGGGUUUGCCGAGUCCGCGUGUCCACCCACACACUUAAAGAGUGUCCACCCUCGGUCCGCGUGUCCACCUUUCGCAAUAAAAAAAAAAACGUGUAAAGCAA